AUGGAGGUGCAGCGCCUUAAUUUCAUUGCCCCGAUUUCGGUUCCGCACAAGGCACUGAGGACGGUAAAUUUUCGGGGAUACACCAUUCCCGAAGGAACUACCGUCUUAGCCAACCAGUGGUCCAUUAUGAUGGACGAGGAGAAAUGGCCGAAUCCUCAGCAGUUCGACCCAUCGAGAUUUUUGGACGAGUUCGGGAACGUCAAGAAGAACGCAGCUUGGAUCCCAUUUUCUGUGGGAAAGCGCUCCUGUGCCGGCGAGGUGUUAGCCAGGCAAGAAAUAUUCCUUGUGCUAACGGCCCUGCUGCAGGCGUUCUCAUUUCGGCCACCAGAUGGCGAAGCUUUACCGGAAUGCGUUGGCAAGACAGGCUCACUUUACGUCUGUCCCGAUUUUAACGUCUGCGCCGAACCAAGAUUUUAA